AUGGUGGAUAAUAGAGAUGAACUUAUAAAAUAUUGCUUCGAUAUUUUGUGGAAAGCAACUGAAGGAAAAAUAAAUUCAGUUACUUUUAAUGAAAAUCCAUUAUUCACAGUUACCUUUAACUUGGUCGAUAGGACUUUCAAAACAUUAAAUUUAGAUACACUAAAGGUAGUCCUCAUUAUCAGAAAAAACUUCAUAAAAAUUUUAAGAGUUAUCGAACAGAAUAAAAAGAAAGUUGCAAUUGAUGAUGAUGAGAAACCUAGUAAUUCAUUAACAGAAAUAGCUAUUCAAGAAAGUGCACAAAAUUUUAGCUUCGAUAUUGAGGCAGAUAGUACUUUUUUAUCAAUAAAUAAUCAAAACUCUAAUGAUUCUGGUGAUCCUAUAUCCAUACCUUCAAGCCCCAAAGAAAAAAAAGAAUCGAUACAAUAUGCUGACUCUCUUUCAGAUAAAUAUUCUAACUCUGAUGAAGAAAAUGAUGAGCGGAAGUUUGAUGCAGCUUUAACUUUAUUGCAUGAGGCCAGGCAUAGUUCUCUGCAAAUCACCAAUAAUGUUCAAGAAAAUACUAGUAAUAUAGUAAAUGAAUUAACAGUGGAAGAUAAAUGUGAUGAAAUGGUGGAUAUUCAAAUGAGUCAGCAAUACAAUAUUAACGAAAAAAAACGAAUGGAAUAUUCUCUGUCUGAAUCGUCUGAUGCUGAUCUUGAUGCAAGUGGUGGGCUUCAAAGUUCUAAUAAGAUGGUGAACCUUUCACAAACAUCAAAUGAUCCAGAGUUUGGUAAAGAAAUAGAAUACAAGCAUGCUAAUACAAAUCAAGAUCCUGAUGUUGGAGAAGUGAACAUGUCUGAAAUUGCAGAAAGAAAUAAAAAUCUAUCUACUUCAUUGUCAAAUAUUAAUGAACAAAAUCAAUCUGAUAAAUUAAUAGAUUUUCAGGUAAAGAAUCUACAUUAUCAAUGCACUUCUUUAAAUUCCACAAAUUCAAAAUUUAGUGAACUACAAAUAGGAUCAACUGCCUAUAGCAAAUGUCUUAAAUCGCCAUCAGAUUAUGUAAAGAGAUUGAAUAAACUAAGAAAAAUAAAAGGAACGUCUGACUUUGCAUCAAAUACAAAUGAUCUAGUGGGAAUGUAUUCACAACCAAUCAAAAAAUAUUUUAAUGAGGAUUCAACACAAGUACUGUUGGAGCUAUUAUCAAAACAGAUGAAGGAUGUUGGCAAACAACAAGAAGAAAUGAGCCCAAUUGCAUUGGAGAAAACUACAGAUAAUUGGAAGGGUAAUGAUUUAAAGGCUCAGAUUAAUAAAAAAUUUGGCAAUAUUAAUUCAUGCUCUAUUUUAAGAAAGUGA